GACUGUAGGCGUGAUUCUCCACAAGACUGCUGCUGAGGUCUAGUUCAAGGUUUUCAACACACGCCCACGUCACAGCAAAUAAGGACCAAACUGUUUGCGAGUUCUUAAUAUUCCACCGAGUUAUUUUCUCGAAUUUGUCCUCAAAUCUGUGCAUACGAUAAUCACACAAACUAGCUUUUGAAUUUUACCGUUAUCAUUAUCAGAGGUCGUGGCUAGAGAAGUGCUCGCAAUAAAACUGCGCUGCUGCUGUCUGGUUAUUUACAAUCGUCGCAACAAGUUCUUAGAACAAUUUGAAUAUAAAGUGCUUGGUUUUUGCUUGGUGCUUGACAUCACCACGUCAUCCGAGUUAUUACCAUUUAAGGGCCACACAUGUCAUCGUCUGGAGAAAAAAGAUAUUCAUGCGAAUUGGAUUUAGCUACUUACCGGACGUUUAACUUCACAAGUCAGCAAUUUACUGUGAAGAGAAGCAAAUUACGGCCCGUUUGAAUGCAUCAUUAAAUAAUUAAUUCUGCGAAUUGGCGCACAUCCGUCGCCUAUGAAGGACUAAAAAAAAAAAGAGUUCAUUGGCUUUUUAAUUCAGAGAUCAACCUGUUGUGACGAUGGUGAAACGAGGGUCUUCCCGCUUCGAUCCACUUCCAACCUCUGAUGACUCGGAUCCUGCUCUACUUAGUCACCGAUCCAUCGAAGGGACCAGCAGCGGCGGAGGCGGACCGAAUUGGCCACUAGCGCCCACUCAGUCGGAUCGGCUCGACGGGCAAAACGGUCUGGAUGCCAGCAACAACACCUCCUACAGCCCCAAAGGCGAAGAAUCUCAGAGACUAGCCGACGUUGUCAAUCAGCCGGUCAUCAAGCGACUGAACGGCGGCGGUGACGCCACUCAUCGCACCGACAUCAACGACGAAGAAGAAGAUGAAGACGAGGCCCUGCUCUGCGGUCUCGGCCCGUGUUUCUCGCCCGCCUGGCUCCAGCCCUUGGCGUCCAAGCAAAUGUUCUUGGCCGUCUUUUGCCUGGCCUGCGUUCUCCAGGGCAUGUUUUAUACGUAUUUCGUCAGCGUGCUGACGACGAUCGAAAAGCUCUUUCAGAUCCAGUCGAAAACGACGGGCAUCAUCAUGAGCGCCACCGAAAUGGGCCAGAUUGGUGGGGCCCUUCUUCUCACUUACUACGGCGGCCAGGGACAUCGCCCUAAAUGGAUCGGUUGGGGCAUGGUCCUGUUUGGCGCUUCGGCCGCCCUGUGCUCGCUGCCGCAUUUUCUCUUUUGGAGGACCAAACCCAACACGGGAUCCUCUUCUUCUCUGUCUUCUAUGCUGGCACCGGAUCUGUACGGCGGUGGUCUCGGUCUUAUGGCGACGAUGGAUCCUUCUUCCGUCGUUCCGGGCCCGCAGCAACUGGAAAUGGAUCUCAUCUGCCGACAGGUGGAGAACGCCAAUCUCAGCUUGCGCCCGCAAAUUUCUGAACUCGAACGCAACGAGCAAUGUGCCAAGAGUAGUGAACAGCAAGCCAUUUCACGAACGACUACUGUAGUGCUGGCCUUCUUUUUCUUGAGCCUUUUAGGUAUUGGCAUGGGUCGAACGGCUGUCGAAACCCUCGGUAUCCCAUACAUGGAUGACAACGUUGCCGGCCGUGAAUCUCCUACUUAUUUCGCUAUCAACAUUGGCGUCAAGAUAUUGGGUCCCGUCUUUGGUUUUGUCCUGGGCUCACUCUGCACUUCGAUAUACGUCGACCCGCUAGUCGAACCUGACGUCACACCAAAAGACCCUCGCUGGAUCGGAGCCUGGUGGCUUGGAAUGAUAUUCGUCGCUUCCACUAUUUUGCUGGCUUCACUAUCCAUGUUUGCUUUCCCACGGCGAUUGCCCAGGAAAGGCCGGCAGGCUGCCCAUCGCCCCAAACAGAUCAAUGGCAAAAUGCUGCCGGCACAAGCCAAAACGGAACAGACAGUGGCGUCAGCCAUGCGAAACAAGAAUCCCAGUUUGAAAGAUUUCCCCAAAGCCAUCCGGCGGCUCUUGAAGAACGACAUCCUCCUCUUCCGAACUGCUAGUAGCGUUCUUCACAUUCUCCCCGUGGCUGGCCUUUACACUUUUCUGCCCAAAUACCUCGAGUCGCAAUUCAGAAUGGCCGCUCACACUGCCAAUAUGAUCUCAGGUAUUGGUGGUAUAGGCGUGAUGGGCAUUGGCAUUUUCUUCAGUGGGGUUUUCAUUCGUCUAAAAAAACCCAGCCCCAAAUUUGUGGCUGCUUGGAUUGCUUUGACGGCUCUUUUGUACGCCAUCGGUAUGGCCCUAUUAAUGUUGCUGGGCUGCCCCAUGAGCGACUUUUCUGGUCUGGAACAGACUGACAGCGGGAUGACGGUGAAACUUCCUUGCAACCGCACAUGCGAGUGUGAUACCAGCGUCUUUGCACCCAUUUGCACAUCAACAGGCGAGACCUACUUUUCAGCCUGUCACGCCGGUUGCGCUAAUCUCACUCAAGUCGGCAGCCAAAUUGGAAACACUACGUAUUCCAACUGUGAAUGCCUCGAUGCGGGCGUAACGGCCACCUCGGGAUACUGCCACCUCGAAUGCAACAACUACAUCUGGUACAUUGGGAUCUUUUCGCUGUUUGUUUUGAUCCAUUCGACGAGCGAGGUGGGCUCAAUGCUGUUGACUCUGAGAUGCGUUCACGCCAAAGACAAAGCGAUGGCCCUCGGGUUAAUUCAAUUCGCCAUUGGAUUGUUUGCCAACGUUCCGUGUCCGAUUAUUUACGGCGCUGUGGUCGAUUCGGCUUGUUUUGUAUGGGAAAAGACAUGCGGCGAGCAAGGAGCUUGUUGGCUCUACGAUGCCAAAACGUUCCGAGUCUCAUUUCACGGUACGACAGGAGCGUUGAUGCUCUGCGCUUUCUUUGUCGAUCUGGUCGUUUGGUACAAAGCCGACAAGAUCACUUUUCCUGAGGACGAGGCUCCGCCCUGCGUCGAAAUGGAGCAGUUGGCUCCCUCCGCGCCACUGGCCGUCCAAUAUGAAAGCACUCUGUGAUGACUGUAAACGAUUCCUCAACAUGCUGCUUCGCUAGACAAUGAAUAAUAAUUACUAUACCACGGCCUCCGAAUACC